CCUCUGAAUACAAGCUAACUUCCCGAGCUGCUGACGUCAGCUGGCAGCCUGGGCUGUACUCGCCGCUUCGGACAUAGCGCCGAGAAAAAUGCUGCUCUCCGUACCGCCAAGGGCAGGGAUCAAUCCAUACAACGGCUAUAACAGCAGAAACAGCAAAAAGCAGUCCUAUGUGUCCUCCGGCCACCAGAUGGCGCCCCCAAGUCCCAACACUAACAGCAGCAGCAACAGCAGUGGGGGAGGGGAACAGCUGAGUAAAACCAACCUGUACAUCCGUGGCCUUCAUCCUGGAACUACGGACCAGGACCUGGUCAAGCUGUGCCAGCCGUAUGGCAAGAUAGUCUCCACCAAGGCCAUCCUGGACAAAACCACCAACAAGUGCAAAGGUUAUGGCUUUGUGGACUUUGACAGCCCAGCAGCAGCUCAGAAGGCUGUAACCGCCCUGAAGUCAAGUGGGGUCCAGGCUCAAAUGGCCAAGCAACAGGAGCAGGACCCCACCAACCUGUACAUCUCCAACCUGCCUGUCUCCAUGGACGAGCAGGAGCUGGAGAGCAUGCUGAAGUCCUUCGGCCAGGUCAUCUCCACACGCAUUCUCCGCGAUGCCAACGGGACCAGUCGUGGUGUAGGAUUUGCCAGAAUGGAGUCUAAGGAGAAGUGUGAAGCCAUCAUUCAGCAUUUUAAUGGCAAAUUCAUCAAAACUCCACCAGGAGUGCCUGUGCCCCCAGAACCAUUAUUGUGCAAGUUUGCAGACGGAGGACAGAAGAAGAGGCUGAACCAGGGGAAGUACCUGCAGAAUGGUCGGCCCUGGGGCAGAGACGGGGACACGGGAGGGAUGACACUUGCAUAUGACCAUGCAGCCUUACAGAAUGGGUUCUACUCAUCCCCCUACAGUCUGGCUCCUAACCGGAUGAUCGCCCAGACCCCCCUGUCACCCUACAUGCAUUCACCUGUUUCCUCCUACCAGGUCCAUAGUCCGUCCUGGAUGCACCACCAGUCAUACCUCAUGCAGCCAGCAGGCACAGUCUUGACCCCAACCAUGGACCAUACCAUGUCCAUCCAGCCCACAUCCAUGAUGGGCCCUCUCACCCAGCAGCUAGGCCACCUGUCUCUUGGCAGCACAGGCACGUAUAUGCCUGCAAACACAACCAUGCAGGGGACUUACAUCCCCCAGUAUACCCCAGUGCCUCCUGCCAGUGUCCCUGUGGAGGACAAUGGUGGACAACAGCAACAGGUUGCCAUGGAGACACCUACAGAACACACAAAUUACUCCUACCAACACACCAAGUGAAGCUAAGCUAAGCUCCCUCUGGUGAGGGCUCAUGGCAGACUGAACCAGUGGGGUUCUUCAGGAGGAUAGCAUUGCUUUGCAUACAGACACCAUGGACCCGACUCAAACACAGAUCACAGAAGGAACCUGCGUGUGUUUCGACAGAGAGGACAACACAAUGUCACACUUUUCCUAUUACUUCUACAUGAGUUUAUCAACCAAAGGUGGGAACCUUCUGCAAAGAAGCUUUGAUCUAUUUUGAUAACUGAAAAUAACAAAACAAAAAAAGAACAAAGAAACAAGUAGGAAAGGAGGUUGACACAGAGCAUUAUUUUUGUGCACGUAAUAUAUCAAAUUCUUAUUUUUUAAAACCAUUCUGAAUGUUUCAGAGUGAUAUCAAGGAAAAGAGUUACAACACAAUGUGUCUUUUAUUUUUUGUAAGAUAUGCAAACAUUUUUAUUUUUUCUGAUGUGUGUUUUUUGACAUUCUAUAUGCAGCAGUAGGACAAUAUUUUGUACAGAUUUUAUGCAAAAUUACAAUUUGUUAAAAUUUUGUGUUAGAAAAAGCAUGUAAAUGCUAAAUAAACCGUUUAAAGCUACUUCUUUAUAAACUAGUCUGUUAAAUUAACUGCCAGAAGAUAACAUUGGUUAUUUAAAGAUUAUUUAAAAUCUGAUAAAACAAUGUUUCUCUCACAAACACAGAUUUAAUUUUAUAAGCGUAGGACAAUCAUUAUACUUUUUAUUUAAAUGUUUAUUUACAAUGUACAAACAUGUCACCUAUAUAUUUUAUUUAGUGAUUAUAAUUUAUAAGGUCAUGAUGAACAUUGGCAUUAAGAUUGACAACUCAUACUAUAAUAUUUUAUGAGAACAUUUUCUGCAAAUGGUUCUUUCGAUAACAUAUUCAAUUUAAACAUUUUAGUAAAUACAGACAUGAAUUCAUUCAAUGAGAUUUGACAAAACAGAAGAAAAACAAAAUCGAAAUGUAAACUGGUAUUAAAUUCAAUUUUAUUAUGAUCAGAUAUAUAAUUCCAAGAAAGGAAUGUCUAACAUUCCUUAAUAUCACCAUUGUUUAUGAAAAAUACAUUUAGAUUGUGUUUACCUUUAAAAGUGCAUAACGGCAAUUAUUGGAUCAUACAUGCCAGGGUUAGUAUAAUGAUAGUUUAUAUGACUUUAUUUGAUUUGUGAAUCUGUCCAUGUACCACACACAGUCUGUGAGAAGUGGUUUUAAGCGGUUUUGUUAGGCUAGAUCUAUACAGGUAUCAAUAGUGAAUUUCAACUUUUGUAAAAAAUAAAAAGAUUAAAUAGAUAAAAUUAAUACAAAUUGUUGGUGUGAUCAUAUGGGUUGUGAUGAUUUAUGUGUACAAAAGAGUGCUAAAGUAGCUAAUUGGAAUAAAUCAAGAAGAAAAAUUGUGGUUAACUAAAGAAAGGAGUUAGAGUGUCCUCAUUUUGUCCUUGUUCAUAUAGUUAGGGGCCUUUGUUGGAGAAAAAGGGAGCUGCAACUUUUGUUCAAUGCUGCUGUUGUCUCCUUAGUUGUAAUUUCUAACUGUCAGCCAUUUUGGUUCUUUUGUUGUUGUAGAAAGCUAUAUUGUUGUCAUUUUUUGUCUUUCACUUGAAACCUUUGAGUUGUCAUGCCUUAUGUUGUUGUUAACCUAGAAUAUCUUUUUGAUUAAUUUCCUUUUCAUUAAAAUUAGAUUUUAGCUGUAGGGAAAUAACUUUCCUAGACUGUAGAUGUAAAGUUGUUUUUACUUUCUAAGAGAUUCAAUGCAUUUUAUAUGAUGUUGAGUUUGUGCAUUUGCACGUGGUCCAUGCAAACUGCAACAUUAUGUUUUGCUUGCUUUAUCCUAUGUUAAUUUCCGUUCCAGAGCACUGUGUUGUUAAUCAUUAUAUUUUUAGCGGCCUAACAGAAAGUCUUUAAGUCCACUUCCACUAGCCCAACUAUUUUGAUUGAAUGCAGUAUAUAAUCAUAUUCAGAAGCUGAGAAAGCAUAUGAAUGCCCUUUCCAACAAAAUAGAAACUGUAAAUGUGUGCAUUAUCCAAUUAUUGUAUAGUUUGAAACACAUUUAAAUACAUUUGUGAAAAAUUAAUCUAUACUCCUCGAUAAAUUAAUUGAAAAAGUGUGGCAAAAGCCCAUUUAAAAGGUUUAGGGCCAUCAGAAGUAAUCUAUUUGCUAUAGUUGGGCAUUAUCGAGGGUUGAGCUUCCUAUUCAUGAGCAGUCAUAGUUUUACAAACCAUAGUUUUAAUGGUUUAUGCUGGAUGUCACAUUUUUCUAACUAUUCAAAAUGUUGUGUUCAUCUUUGCUCCUCUAGCUCAGCAUUCGGUCUCCCUCAUCCAGGUUUGUUUGUUAUUUAUAUCUACAACCAAAGAUGAUCAAGCCAUCAACCUGUCAACAGAGCUUUCUGUCAGUUUAUUACAUAGGAAAAUGCUGAUCUCAGUCCACGGACAUAUAUAUCUCUUUUCUGUAGCUCUAUGUUGAUGUAACACCUUUUUAUUUUUUAAAGUUACAGGAAGCUAAUGGGACAUUGAGUGACAUUCCUCUCAUAACGUGGUUUUGUUGAAUUCAUGUUUAAGAUGUUCAUUUAAAACCACAUUGUAAAAAUCUGGGGGAAAUUGUUCUCAUGCUUUAUAGUGUCAAAAUGGAGAGUUCAGCAUUUGCAAUCUCUGUAAAUAUUAGACUCCCUUCUGUUCUCUUGUAUUCUUUUCAUGUCAAGAUGUUUGUAAUAUUAUUUGUCUCUACUUCAUCAACUAUAUUUUGUUGAUGUUUCAUGAUCUGUCCAGAUACAGUAACACAAGAAUUAUCACAAGCAAGUUUCACAUUCAGUCCACCACAUCAUGAAGGAAAAUAAGGAUUAUUUUAUGUAUUCAUGGUAACAAAUAUUUCAUGUAUCAGCCAUAACAUUAAACAGAAAUUUAUUUUGAAACUAU